AUGUCACAACUAUUUGUUCAGGAUGAUUCUGAUGAUGAAGGACUGCAAGAUGAAUUAUCAAGGCAAAUUAAGGAAUUGAAGGAGCUUCAAGAGAAAAUUUUGGUAGAAGAGCCAAAAGUUGGUUCUGGUGUAGAUGUUGUUGAUGAAACGAGUCAGUCAGAGAAGAAGAAAACUGAAAAAGUAGAAGAAGAAGAGGAUAAAGUGUUGUACCCUUUAAUACCUAAUGAUAAAUAUGAGUAUGAUGAUAAGAAACCUGAUAUUAAUGACAUUAGAUCUGUAAAUAUUAAUUUAUCGUUGCCACUAUCUUUUCAACAACAGGUAGUUGAAAAUGCACUAGUUUCCAAUGAUCCAUUGGUAAUUUUAGGGAAAGGUCUCGGAAUGAUGAGCAUAGUGUCGAAUUUACUUCAUAUUCUGGCAACUCCCACAAAGCUAGAUGGUAAGUUGAAACGAUCUUUAGUUUUGGUUCUUAACGCUACCCAAUCAGAUAACCAACGGAUAGGUGAAGAAUUGCAAGAGUUGUUUUGGUUAUCUGAUGAUGAUGACGAUAAUAAUUUGUCAAAAAAUGGAAAUAUAAGCAGUGAUCAAAAUGGAAAUGAAAACCCUAGAUCAUUCAAUGUAGUUACUGCAGACUCUUUGAGUGUUGAAAAGAGAAGUAAAUUAUAUCUGUCUGGGGGUAUAAUAAGUGUAACAUCGAGAAUUUUAAUUGUAGAUUUGUUGUCAGGUAUUAUUCACCCGAAUAGAAUCACAGGUAUUGUUGUGCUAAAUGUUGAAAAUCUGCGACACUACUCAAAUGAAUCGUUUAUCAUAGAAAUUUUUAGGUCAAAGAAUAAAUGGGGUUUCUUAAAAGGUUUCUCUGAAUCUCCAGAAUCAUUUGUAAUGGAAUUUUCACCAUUGAUGAGAAAAAUGAAAGAUUUAAAAUUCAAAAAUGUGCUGCUAUGGCCUAGAUUUAGGGUUGAGAUUUCAUCAUGCUUAAAUGACAUUCUGAAACAAAAAUCACAGAAAGUAAUAGAAAUUAAGGUUAGUUUAACGAAUUCAAUGUCACAGAUUCAAUUUGGUCUGAUCGAAUGUUUGAAAAAAUGUAUAGCGGAACUUAUUAGAAAAAACUCAGAAUUAGCGCUAGAUUGGUGGAACAUAGAAAAUGCCUUAGACCUUAAUUUUCAAAGGUCAAUUGAUUCAGUGAUGGUUCCGAAUUGGCAUCGGAUUUCUUUUGAAUCGAAACAGUUGGUAAAAGAUAUAAGAUUUUUAAGGCAUUUGAUGAAAUUAUUGGUGACGUCAGAUUCUGUUACAUUUUACGAAGAGCUUCAAUUGAGUUUGGAAGCUAAUAAACCUUCUAUCUCUAGGAAAUAUACUGAAUCUCCAUGGUUAAUGGCCACUGAAUCUCAACUAGUAAUAUCUCACUCCAGGAAAAGAAUAUAUGAUAAUGAGAGAUACCAAUUGGAAGAGCAACCAAAAUGGGAACAAGUUCUGAGCAUACUAGAAGAUAUUUCAUACCAAAGAAAUAUAUCCAAGAAAAAUGGUCCAACUUUGAUAGCGUGCUCUGACCCUGCUACUUGUAGACAAAUCACAAGUGUUUUGGCGUAUUCAAAUCGUAAGGAUGGUAUUAAGAAUUUAAUGAAUCAAAAGUUGAAUCUUUAUAGAUACCGCAAGGAAGAGAAUAAAAGAUUGCUAAAAGAAGCCAAUGAUAAGGAAACACAGGAUACAAAAGAGAUAGUUGUAAGUACAGCGUUUGUUAAAGAAGAAGUUGUCUCCAAAAGGAGGAGGACUAGAGGUGCAGCUACCGUUGCAGCAGUGGAACGUCUUCGUAAUGCAGGCGCUGGUGAAGAUAUAGAAAAUAUUAUUGAUGAUUAUGAUGUCAGUUGGGAUGAGAUGAGCAGAGUAAUAGAUGAAGAAGUGCUUGGCUCUGAUGAAUAUAUAAAAUACUCAAAUGAAGCUGAAGAUGAAGCAUUCGAAAGUGAUACAGAAACGGCAGAAACAUGUUUUUCUGCUGCUAGAACAUCCAAAGAGGUAUGGGAAAAGGUUAAAAAUGAUUACCACUAUAUCAAUUGUAAUGACCAAAUUAUUGUCGACUGUUUUGCUAACCUAAAUGAUGAAACAGCAUUGCAAGAAGUAAUGCCAUCUCAUAUUAUAAUGUAUGAGCCGGACUUGACCUUUGUAAGGAAUUUGGAAAUUUACCGAGCUAUUAACCAUGAACAAGCUCCCGUUAUAUAUUUCAUGUAUUACGGUGAUAGUAUUGAAGAACAAAGGCAUUUAACUGCCAUCAAGAAAGAAAAGGAUGCCUUCACAAAAUUGAUUAGAGAAAAUGCAAUGCUGGCACAACAUUUUGAAACUGAAGGUGAUCUAUCUCAUUAUAAGAAUUUAGCAGAUAGGAAACUUCAAUUGAGUAGGUUAAGAAAUACUAGCACUAGGAUUGCAGGUGGUCAGAAUUUGCUGCAUGAGGUCACCCAAGAUGUUGUUAUUGUCGAUUCCCGUGAAUUUAAUGCAAGUUUGCCCGGUCUAUUGUAUAGAUAUGGUGUUUGUGUGAUUCCCUGUAUGUUAACAGUUGGUGAUUAUAUUAUAACUCCAGAUAUUUGUAUUGAAAGAAAGUCCGUCGCAGAUUUAAUUGGCUCUUUUCUUAAUAAUAGGUUAGAGUCGCAAUGUAAGAAAAUGGCAAAAUAUUAUAAAUUUCCAACUUUAUUAAUUGAAUUUGAUGAAGACCAGUCGUUUUCAUUAGAACCAUUUGCUGAAAAGAGAAGCUAUCGAAGAAAUGAAUCAUCCACAGUACAUCAAAUUUCCAGUACACUGUCACAAUUUGAAAUUCAGAUGAAGUUGUCAAAGUUAGCUCUUAAAUUUCCAAAUCUUAAAAUCAUUUGGUCGUCUUCACCUUUGCAAACAGUCAAUAUAAUUCUAGAGUUGAAGCUAGGUAGAUCACAACCAGAUCCAAGUGUAUCAAUGGCACUGGGUGUAUCUAAAAAUUCAAGGUCCCAACCGACAUCUGUGAAAACAAAUAACGAAACUAAUGACGAGUUAUAUAAAACAUUAUUGGAUAUUCCUGGGCUUUCAAAAGUCGACUAUUUCAGCAUUAGAAAGAAAGUCAAAAAGUUCAGUGUAUUAAAGAAACUCUCCAAAGAAGAUUUAACAAAUCUAGUAGAUGAUGAGGGUUUAGCGCAAAAGAUAUUCAAUUUUUUGAAUAUCCAGGAAGAUGAAAUCUAA